UCUUUCCCGUAUCCUUAGCUAGAUUUGUUCGCUGCGCUGCUCCCAAAUUUCUUCUUGGCUGAUUGCUGCUUCACCUAGUGAUCGCGUGGUCGUCUCGCGUUUGCUUAUCGCCUUCCUCUUUUUGUCCUCUACUAGGCGGCACCUAGGAAUCCCCUUGUUGCUGCAUCGGGGCUUUUUUCUUGGCAGUUUUCCUGCUACCGUUACUGAUAUCUUGUUAGGAUUCAGGGCUGAUAUAGGAUUUCAAUGUAAUUGAAUUGGUGGCAGCCGAAGCAAUUUCUAGGAUGUUGGUUGGCAGAUCACCAGCACUGCCUUUGGUGACUGCUGAAACUCCUGCAUUUGGCUUAUUUAUAACAGCUCGCAAUGUCUCGAGUGCAAUGGUGGUGAAGCUUUCAGAUAACAAAUGUGGAGGAAAAUUGAGUGUCGGGCGAAACAUCGAGCCUGGGAAAAGCCGUCGGGAAUGGCGGGCGCUAUCGGCCGACCAAGCGCAAGCUUCUGUCAUGGAUGUCGAUGAGGAGUGCAAACAAGUCCUCACUUCAUUGGAUUUCUCCAGCGAAGACGCUGAGAAGAUGUUGAAGAAGGCCUUUGGCUGGAUCCACUCCUCGUAUUGGAGCGAGGAGAGAAAGAAGGAGGUUCCGAAUUCCGAGGUUGUAACUGGAGUGCUGAACUACAUCAGGAGCCUCGGGCUAUCCGACGAAGACCUUCACAAGUUGCUGAAGAAGUUCCCGGAGGUUCUUGGGUGCGAUCUUGACAGCGAGGUGAAGCUGAAUGUGAGCAAGCUGGACAGUGACUGGGGGAUAAAUGGGAAAACUCUGAGGAGCCUUCUCCUGAGGAAUCCAAAGGUUUUGGGAUACAAUAUUGACUGCAGAGGGGAUUGCAUGGCCCAGUGCACCCGCUGUUGGGUUAGGUUCUAAUGAUGUUCUAUUCUUCAUCACCACAUCAUUGUUCAGAAACUUCAGACUUCAUUUUGCUGGCUGAGUGAAAAUUCAGAUGACUAUUAUUGGCCACUUUCUGUAAACUAGCACCUGUCAAAUAUAGCCCAAUUGUAGUUUGGUGGAAACUGGAUAGGCAACUGUUAAUUCUUGUGUACAACAAAUUCAAGAGCCGAACCAUGCUGUCUGUAUAAAAGCUGCAAUAAAAGGGGCCAAUUCCUGAAUGAUCUGAUACUUCAAUCA